AUGUCUAUUAGAUAUACAAAAUCUUCAAAUAGUUUACAGUUAGAUUCAAGUCCCAUAUCAACGACAACUAAUAUGGCUAGGCCAUCUCAAAGUGAUAUAGAACAAAUGAUCCAACGAGCACGACCUACAAAUCGUGAUUUGGUUCGUCGAGAUAUUAAUCAAGCUAUUAACUCACAAGUAGCUUCUUUAGUGUUGAAAAUUGCUCCAUAUUACUAUAAUAGUGGAAUAUCGAAAGAUUUACUUUGUUUACAUGGAACUGUAGCAUGUCAAUAUAAAGGAAAUCGAUAUAAUAUUCCUAUUGAAAUAUGGUUUCAACAAGAUCAUCCAAUCGUUCCGCCAUUAGCUUAUGUUAAACCAACAGCAGAUAUGUUUGUUUCAACAACAAGUAAAGAUGUUCAACCUGAUGGAACUAUUAUUAUACCUUAUGUUAGAAAUUGGCGUCAUCCAAAUAGUGAUCUAUAUACUUUAUUAAAUGCAAUGUGUGAUGCAUUUAGUCAAUCACCGCCAGUAUACUCGGGUUCAAGUAUGGUUAGUCGUGGAACACCAUAUCCAACAACAGCAUCAUCAAUGCCAACACCUAUGGGAAUGGGAAUGACUACUGCUGGAAAUCCAUCAUAUUCAUAUCCAUAUGGAUAUCCACCAACACAAAUUCCUCAAGAUGUCUAUCGAGAUUCUGUUCAAACAGCUGUUAUUGAUAGAGUUCGAACUCGUUUAGAUGAAACAAUACAAAUAGGAAAAGCACAAAUUGAUUCACUCAAAAAAGCUGAACAAGAUUUAAUUGAUGGUGAGAAAAAAAUUCAAUUAUUUAUUAAUGAUGCACAACAACAACAAAUUCAAGCACAAGUUUAG